AAACUGAAACUCAAAAAGAAAAACCCUAGUUGUCUCUCUUCGCGAAGAAGAAGAAGAAAAAUGGAAGAAACUCUGAUCGAAGAGGGAGAGACCAACAAAGAUAUAGAGGUCGCUCCGGCUCUUAUAGCGGUUCACCCGACCCAGAAAUCCGUUGCCGUCGCUGUCGGGUCGGACCUUCGCGUCUUCGAUUUCCAAGGGGUUAGUGCAGUUUCUUUGGUGGAUGAUACCAGCGGGCCCUUUCAUAAGGAUUCCAUAAGAGCUAUUCGUUAUAGUGCCGAUGGUUAUCUCUUUGUAUCUGCAGGGGAUGAUAAAGUUGUGAAGAUAUGGUCCACGGAGUCUUGGUGCUGCAUUUGUACUGUGGGUGGCAAAUGGGCAGCUUGGGUCAUAAAUGGGUUGGGCCCUCUGAGAAAAGAGUGAGUGCAGUUGCCCUGAGCAAUGACAGUUUGUAUGUAUGCUUUGCUGACAAAUUUGGCGUCGUUUGGGUUGUGGACCUAGAUGGCUUUGAUGGCAAUCAACUGUUAGUCAAUAAGAAGGCAGCACCAUUGCUUGCUCACUACUGUAGCAUUAUCACUAGCCUGGAAUUUUCACCAGAUGGGAGGUUUGUUAUUAGUGCUGAUCGGGAUUUCAAAAUUCGUGUUACUGUGUUUCCAAAGAAACCUUUAGAUGGAGCUCAUGAGAUACAAAGUUUUUGCCUUGGUCAUACUGAAUUUGUAUCCUGCCUUGAUUUUGUUUUCACUUCAGAUUACCCCCAGGGUUUUCUUGUCUCUGGAAGUGGUGAUUCAACAGUUCGCUUGUGGGAUAUAUCCUCUGGAUCUCUCCUUGAUACCUGUGAAGUUGGAGCAAAGGCAGAGCUUUUAGAGUCUAAUGGAAAAGAAGAGGAGUGCAAUCUGGCUGUUACUGAUCUAUGCACCUUCCCAGAUGGUACACUGAUUGCAGUGGCCACUCAAAGCUUGCAAGGAAUAGUAUUGUUGAGCUGUGACCUCUCCACUCGAACUCUUUCAAUAACUAGGUUAGUUUCAAUAAUGGGUGAGGCCUUCAUUCCAACAAGCCUAGGGAUGAGCUCUUCUGCCGGAUUAUUGUGGAUGGUGACAGGUGUCUCUAACUUGCAUGGUUUUGAUAACCCUCCUUUGGCCCGUGUGAGGAUCAUCUCAGGUUUUGAGAAAAGUAGUCCUGGUGAUCCAACCAUCUUGGAAGAUAAUGAGAUUCUUGGCGGAGAUAAACUGCUUGAGAAGUUGCAAGGAAGUGUGUCGGUUGAGGAAAAAGUUUUCCUGGCAGCUGCUGAGGCUGUGAAAACAGCAAUGAGCAAUUUGUUAGUUAAAAAGCAGUACUCUACAGAGAAACGAGAAUUUAGAAAGAGGGCAAGAAAUGAUAGAAAAAUUAAACAGUGAUGAGCUGCUUGCAAUGUCAACAGCCCAUUUAUAUCUGAUUUUUUGGAGCAACUGAGUUUGAUCUAUAAUUUGUAGUUCUCAGGUUCUUGUAGUCCUAGUUAUUUAUAUUACUAUUUACAAUUUAAGAGCAAC